CACCAAGCACUUCCCGUCUGGAUCAAAUCCAAUCCCACGAUCAAUCUCCCACUUUACCAUCUUACCUCCGAAUAAUAUAACAUAACAUAACGAAUAAGAAACAAUUCACGAUAAACUCCCACCUAUCGACGGUUGAAUGGGUUCGGAUCUUUAAAUUUAUUACGACAUAUACUAUCUAUUGUUUCGAGCGGUCGAACUUCAUAAAAAAAAAUUAAGGGAAAAAAAGAAAGAAAAGAAAAAUUUCCAUUGUUGUAAUAAAUACCUAGCUGCAACCCGCAUGACGGCGACGGGUAACAACAGCAGCAACAACUCUUUCUAACAAAACUUUGUUCGCCUUAAAUCCUAGAAAAAGUAUUUUUUUUCUUCAUAGGUAACUUCCUAUGAAUCCUGCUCCGGGACGGCUUGCAAAGUUUAAACCCACCUCUUUUCUACCCUUCGCCUUCGGCCAAGUUGUUCCACGCCAAGUCUCUAGAGGAAGGGUAUAGAAUCAGGUGUCUGUGUGUCUGUCCAUCGUCGCCUUUGGUUGACUGGCUGGCUCGGAACACGCUUCUGGGUCUGGUCAGCAGUUACGGCUAGCGUAUGCCUCGCGCUUCAGCAUCGGCAAAGCGACAGCACGGUGCCUCGAACAACCAUCGCGAUACGAGACAUGAGAAUGGCUUGGUAGGCCCAGGGAAGCGCGUACCUAAGCAGAAAUCUUUGAACCACCUGAACGGAAAUGCGAAGCCACCUGCCGACGAUGCCGCUAUCCCCCCUGUUCCUAUUCCCUCGACACCGCCUACUCCCUCUGCGAACGGCUACGCCAAACAAUCUACGAUCGAAAUGCCCGCAGAACAUAAAACUACUGAGUCGCUGAGAAGGGGCUCGCUUGGCGGCUAUUCGGAGUCUUCGUCAUCCGAGUCCUAUCAUUCUCACGUCGGAAAUGCCCAUCCCGAAGAAAACCAUCGCCGGAUCGACGUCAAUGCUACGAAGAACUCCAACGUCCACCGCGACCCUGGCCCUUUUGGUGUCGACUUCGCUCUUACUGUUUUACGGUCGUGCCCCCUGCAGGAUACUAUUGCUAUCCUCAUUAUUUUGAUGCAGAUUCCCCCACUUGCUUUGUCCGGCAUCUAUGUGCUCUUCACCUUGCUCACCUUCGUGACUAGCAACGGCUUGACAUUUAAUGAUGUAUUCGAGUGGAAUCUAGGUGCCCCGUCUUUGGCGACUGUCGUCUGCGUUGAUGGUAUUGUCCUUUUGAUCUGGUUAUUUCUAUGGGGUCCGAUUCAGCACGUUAUCCUCGACUUAGCGCAAAUGGUUAUUGCUUUGGGAUUGGGUGGCGGUUCGAGUUCAAGAGACGGAGGGUCUAUGAAGAAUACUUUCAUCUGCCUAAGCAUGAUCUUGUUGUCCCACGUUUUACGUCAUACCAAGAUGAAAUAUUCUCCUAUAGGCUAUCUCUUGGGUUCGAGCCGCUUCAUGAUCCCCGAUUUCGACGAUCCGCUUGAGUCUUUAGAGUCUAUACGUGGUUAUGAUAAGGUCCAGACGGGGUGGUUUGGUUGGGUCAAAAGCAUAUUAGCUAUUCAUAUUCUAACGCAGGGUCUGGUUAAGUACAUACGCGAUUGGUAUUUACGGCGAGAAAGACGUGAUACGCUAGCUCAGAAUGCCGCCGAUCCCGAGGCCGGGAAGUCAUACACCGCGGAAAAUGACGGUGGAUUUUCAACGCCGGAUAGCGAUACUGCUUCUCUUCAGAACUCAACAGCGUUAACUACAAAAAAGAAAAGAAAACAAAGUGCUCAGAUUAGGAAUCGACAACCGCUUUGGGCAGCUCUAGCGAGCACAAAAAUUGUCGUUGUGAAAGAAUACGAACUUACUCAUGCCACGGCGGAAUCCGCAGGUUCGAAUGCUACCGACAUUCAUAACCUAGGAAACGCCCCAUUCAACACGGAGCCUGAACAGAUUUGGAUCACAUAUGUUGGGUGUGAUGAAGUAUGCUUUAACACUAGCUACUUUCAUAAUACAUCCGAACCCGAUGUUUCGCAGGAUGGAUCGAGGGUCGAUCUUUCUAAGCCUUUUUACGUCAGGGUCAACAAUGCGGUUUGGCAACCUACCAGAAUGGUGCCGGUGCAGGAUUUGGAGGGAGAUGACAUUCAAGGAACUCGGUGGAGCGGAGACAUCUAUGGGCUCACCCCUAUGUCAAACUACGAGUGUGAAUUCGUCAGCACGACGACACAUGAGGUCUUGUUCUCGACGAGCGUUAGGACUACUCAAGCUAAGACGGCAGAUGUAGAUGUUAGCACUACGAAGUCUGGCCAGCGCUCUCUUCGACCUGAUUCACCCAUUACAACCUUGAAGACGUCCAUCGCUGCAGCUGAGAGCAAGUUGGCCGAAGAGAAGGCGCGUCAAAAGGCUUUGCGCAAGGAGUUCCACCGGAAGGCGAAUGCUAUGAAGAAGGAGAACGAGAAGCUCUCUGCAGCAGUUCAGUCAGCCGGCACGGGUGACGACAAGUUACGCCAGAAAAUCCAGCAGAACACCACCCAGCACAAGCAAGCCGAACAGGCGCUCAUUAGUCUUGAAGCGGAACUGAAGGAGCUUGGGUCCAUUCCCGAAUCAUUGAAAUCUGCCUGGAAAGCCAAGCAGUCUACGUGGACUAACGAGAAGGCUAAGUACGAUGGCGCUGUCGCCGCGUUUAAGAGCUUUAAGGCGUCUGUGGACCGAGGAAUUAAGGCCCUCGAGGAGGAAAAGGCGAGUCUCCAAGCUAAGCGUACUAAGAUCAGUAAUCGUAUUGCCAAGGUUGAUGGUGAGCAUGCGCGUAUCGCCGACGCCAACGCUCGCGGUCUUGAUGAAGCCGAACGUCGCCGACAGGCACGGGAAACUUAUGAGAACGACAUCGCCAAGGUUGAGCAUGAUCUUAUCGCCAAGAUCAACGAAGUUGAAACUGCUAUCUACAACAAGGAACAGGAUAACCUGGCCCUCAAGACGCAGCUAGAUUCGUUCCAUACGCAACAAGCGGCUUAUGCUUAUGCAACCUCGUAUGAGUACCCUGAUGCUCCCGGCCCGUUUUCCUCGCCGGGUCCAGCACCGCAAGCCCAACCAACUACGACUAGCGCAGCGCCGUAUGACUCUACAGCUGCUUGGAAUAACAGCUUGUACAAUUCGUCGCUUUGGGGACCAUCACCUCUUGCUCCUGGAUUUGUGCCGCAGCCUACCGCGCCAAACGCUUCACACCCAACUACUAAAUCUAGAGGUCGUUCAUCGUCAAUGCUCAGUGACGUAUCCGGCUUCACUCAGAGCAGUGCGGCUGAGGACGAGGCAGGCAGUACGAUCCCCGCUUUUUCACAUAUUCGGGAUGGUUCUGGGUAUUCAAGUAUUCCUCCAGGAUUCGAAUACCCCACCCCGACUGGUCCUCGAAGCGGCCUCAAUGGUUCAGCUGUAAGUGACGGCAGUGGUAGUCCUAGUGGUAGCAUUGAAACUGGUAGCGAGGGAGACCCGAUGAGCCCUGUAUGACUUGUUAGGUUAGGAGCUUCAUUCUCGUUUUUAUUAGGAUUAAGGGCCAAAGAUUCUCUUCGAGGUUCCGCAGCGAUUCGUUUUUUCCCAUCCUAUCUAAUCAUGCUGAGAAGUAGAUUGGAUUAGGCAAUGAGAAUACUGUUCUUUCAUAUCACUAUCAUAUGAGCUACCUAUUUUCUUGACUAUGUGACUUGACUAUCUGAGAUGACCUACAUAUCAUACCUCCUAACUACCUAGAUACCUAGGUACCUAGAACGAAUUUUGGAUGUGACAGGGAGAAUGCAUCUAACUCUAAACACUGUUAUGAGCCCGACUAAAACCUAGAAAUUGACUAAGGUGUAUGUGAAUAGGCUUCUAUUCUAUUUCGAUUGACUUCGAUUCAUAUCUCCAGGCAAGAAUACUCCAUAUUUUUUCUGAAUGAGUCGCAAUAGUUUUCUUCUUCCG